CUGUCCAAGAUGCCUUCGCACAAUAUGAAUACCGUUUUAAUAUACGUUGAGAAAUAUAAAAAAUGGGUUACAUCAAAUCCUCAACUAGCAGGGGACAUCGAAAGUACGGUCAAAUGGCUGUCGUAUUUCACCGCUGGACGGAUAAACAAUUCAACUUUGAUGUCGGAGCUCGUCUAUUCGAUGUCCAACUUACUUGUACUGUUCAACGAUAGGAUUAUAAAUGCUAAUACUCAGGUAGAGACUAAAUUGCCAAAGUAUCACUCGAAGAUAAGAAUUUGGUUGACUGUCUUGGAAUAUUCAGAAGUUCUUUUGGAAAUUUCGGCGAGCAAAUUGUGGGGAGAGACUGGAAAAUGGCUCAUCAUUGUUAUACUUCAGGCUUUUAAAUCGGUAAUGCGACUUUUGCUAGUUCAUCGUUACAAAGAAAGAGUGACGCAAAGUCCUCCGAUUCCACCAAUCAAACGUGAUAAAAUAUCCGAUAAGGUCGAAACAAUUGAGAAGGACGGUUUUGCCCUAAAAAGAUCUAAGAAAGUCGUUCGAAAGGUCAAUUCGGGUGGAUGUUCUCAGUUUAGGUCAUGGGCACCUAUUCCUCCGUUAGGAAUCGAUGACCAACAAACCACCAUUGAUCUUACACCGAAUAAAAAAAUAAUUCUCGCAGAGACUUUGUAUAUUAUCAAACCAUUGUUGCACCUUGGAUGCGUAUCCUUAAGCGGACAGAAGCAAUGGAAAUCGUGGUUUUUAUCUCUGAUUAUUGACCUUGCAAGUUUGAAGUUGUACAGCAAUGAGACAAAAGCAGUAACCCUGCGAAAGGAAGAGUUUGACGAAAUCUCUCGUAGACGGGUUGCACUGCUCUUGUACAUUCUUCGUUCACCAUUUUAUGAUAAUUACAGCCGCAUGAAGAUUUACGCGCUGCUUAAAAUGCUAUCGAGGAACGUUCCGCUCGCCAGAAUGGUAACGGACCCAAUUAUUAAAUAUCUGCCACACUGGCAAAGUACAUAUUUUUAUAUGUGGUCAUCUUGAAGUGUACUAGAAAAAUAUUUUGGCCAGGUAACAUACUGUAUUUUUGCCGAUUCUAAGUCGAGCUUGUCGGUGUUGGGUGGAAUACAAAAAAUGUUUGUCCAACUUAAACUUAGUGGGGUCCAUUUAUAUUCAGGUAUUAUUGAAAUAAUUGUCACCAACCUUGGUGGGCAGGGAGGAGGGGACUCGCAUUCCAUUAUGGGGUAUGGUAUUCUGUGGAAAGAACUUUUUUUUUCAUUUAUUAUAUGCUCUGAUCCCACAUUUAAAGCUUAAAAACGUGCAAAUCUAUGAAAUGAUUGCAAUUUAAGUUAUAAGUAAACGUCUAUUAAUAUAAGUUAUCGCAUCAGCAUGAUCGACAUUCCAAGUACAGAUGAGCACAGUCAUGUCAGUAUGGAGAAUCUGAUAAUUCUUCGUAAUAACACAAUUUAAGUUGGAAACAAUAUUUCAUAUCUCAGGGAGCAAUGAAUCACAUGCCUAGUGAUAACGUUAAUGUAUUAACAUUGGCAGAUAACUAUUGGAAUAACGAUUCACUGAUCCAUGUAGGAUUUAUAAGCUUCUGAAGUACCGAAACUUUAAGAAAUUGUUAUUAUUCUUUAAUUGAUUAAUUUAAUCAACAUUAUAUACAAAUAUUAAUAUUUAUAUUUAUGCACGUAAUUUUUAGUAAAAUGAGUUAUAAAAUCGAGAUGAAACCUAUUUGAACUAAAGACCUAUGUAGUUCAGUACAAUGGUAAUUACACCAAGUUAAAAUCUCUUCUGCAAGUUUGAAAUAUGAAUCUUAAAACAGUUACGUAUGUAACAAAGACAAGAGUAAAAUUAAUAACCGUUAUAAUAAUUUAUAAAUAUAUUACAAUUAAAAUGGAAUACAACUUCAGCGGAAAAUACAGAUAUGGCAAUUUGAAUAUGA